UCAUCUGGCGGCGCCGGAACGGGAGCGAUGCGGGGGCGGCUGCUCCGUGCCUGGCGCGAAGGGGUGAAAGCGGCGCGGGGUCCGGCGGGGCCGCCAUGGAGAAUCCUGUUCUUCGGUACCGACAGCUUCGGCAUCACCGCACUCAGAGCCCUGCAGGCUGCCCGAGAGCCCAGCGAGGAGUCCCUGGUGUCCAGGCUGGAGGUGGUGACCCUCCCCUCCCACCUCCCUGGGGAUCUGCCUGUCAGGAGCUGUGCCCAGGAGCUCCAGCUGCCUGUUCAUGAGUGGCCACACACGGGCCCUGUGGGACAGUUUGAUGUGGGUGUGGUGGCAUCAUUUGGACGUCUCCUGAGUGAGGAGCUUAUUCUGCAGUUCCCAUAUGGUGUGCUGAACAUCCACCCCAGCUGUCUGCCACGCUGGAGGGGCCCUGCACCCAUAAUCCACACUGUGCUUCAUGGUGACAGAGUGACUGGGGUGACAAUUAUGGAAAUAAGACCAAAAAGGUUUGAUGUAGGCCCAAUCAUUAAGCAGGAAGAGUUUGCUGUCCCUCCCUGCUGCACUGCAAAGGAGCUGGAGGGGCUGUUAUCUCAGCUGGGUGCAAACAUGCUGAUAGCUGUUUUGAAAAACUUGCCUGAAAGUUUAAAAAAUAAAAAAGAGCAACCCAAAGAAGGAGUAACAUUUGCUCCCAAGAUAUCUGUAGAAAAGAGCUGUAUAAAAUGGGAAGAGCAAACAGCUACACAGAUAAUUCAGCUGCAUAGGGCUAUAGGAAGCAUGUUUCCUUUACAGACUCUCUGGAAGGGUACUACUGUUAAACUUCUGGAUAUUGUGGCAGUGGAUAAUAUCCCUGGGUUUCCUGAUCAGACACUGGAUGAUCAUGGAGCUGUUCCUGGCUCACUCAUCUACCAUAAAGUGUCUCAAAUGCUGGUAGCUCGUUGCAAGGAAGGCUGGGUUGGAAUCAAAACAGUUGUAUUAAAGAAGAAGCUCUCAGCAGUUGACUUCUACAAUGGAUAUAUGCACUCCUGGUUCCAGCAGAACUCAAGAACCUUUCAUCAGGAGUGCAGAUUUCAAACACUCAAACUUAACAAGACAAAAAAGACUCUAAAAGGGAGGGAAGUACUGGCCCAGGACAUAAAAAAACAGAUGUGUUUUAAAAUGUGGAAGAAAGUGUCCCUAAGUUGACAGUAAUGUGGAGUAUUUCAGUGCCUGCCUAUAAAAUCCAACUUGGUUGAGAGCUUUCCUCCCAAAGUGAUCCUGCUGUCAUCUGCAUGUUUUCAUCAUGGUUCCUGAUGAUACUCAUUGCUCCUUCCCCAUCAAGGAAGAGAAUCUCUGUCACUGCUGAAGAUGGUGAAUAAAUUUCUGUUUCCCCUGUUGGGUAAUGAAUCUCUUUUUAUACAAAGUUUUCAAGUUACUUUUGAGGACUUCUGCUGUAAUUUUCUUCAAGCACUGGUUCUGCAGUUACUGGAAGUGUUAACCAGCUGUGCUUCUCUGGAGUUCAUUUGUGGCAUCACAGAAGUGAGGCUGUAGGUAGAAGAGAUUUAAUUUCCAAGUAAUUCCUCAGGUAUCUUCUCUUUAAUAUGAUGUCUGGCAAGAGUAUCUGUGCAGUGUGUUCCUUUGCAAUAUUACCCAUGACAGAUUUUCUAGUGAUAUUAAUGGAUGGGAUUUGUCUGGAAUAUCUGCUCUACCUUCAAAUUUAAUGCUUUGAUUUUCUUGCAGAUCCUUAAGUUACCUUAUCCCCACAUUGAGGUGAUUUUACCUGAUGAUGACUUAUUAAUUUAAUCCAAGCUUUUCCUCAACCUGCCUGUGGGUAGUGGCAUGCAUAGGAAGGAAGAUCUCAUGGGAAGAGCCCCAGAACUGAUGAUUCUUUUACUUUCUUGUUUAAGAAGUAAUAUAACACUGUGAGGAUUACAGCAAAAUGAAGACUGGUCACAUCUUAGGAGUUGCUCCAGUGUUUACUCCAAGUUGUAAUAUUUUUCUGAAUACUAUUGAACUAAAAGCAGAACUCCUGGAGCUAUUGGGAGGCACUGUUCUACUAGCUUCAUGUUUCCAGCAUUAUCACUGACAUUUUGGAAGCCUCAAGAGGAAAAGAACCAUAAAUAGCAGGAGUAGUGUAGGGUGGGUGUUUUACUGGUUCUGUUUUGCUCCUGCCUUUUCCACUCAUCCUGUUGGCUCUUUGGACUUUUCAAUACAUUCAUGUUAUUUCAGGGACUCAUCAGGUGCUGAAUCUGUGAGCCAUGCCAAGGUGACAGGAGCUUGGUGUAACUUGGGAGUGACUCACUGAGGGGAAGAAAGCAAAAAAGAAAAUAAUCAAGAAAAAUGUGUUAGGUAAAGUGGAUUAAAAUGUUUCUGAAGAAGCAUCUGGUAAAGCAAGAUGUCACUGGAUUUUAAUUCCAUUGCCAUUAGUCCAACAAUUAAUCUGCCUCUGACAGGUCUUUCAGAACACACAGUCCUCCAAGAAAUCCAACCCUCUGAAUCAGCAUCAAAAACUGGAACCAACAGUGAAGUGGAAGUCAGGCUCCUAUGGAGAAUUCCUCUUGUCUCUGUCUGCAGACCCUAGGGUACAAUUUGUGCUGCAGAAGCUGUAAAACCAAGUUUGUCUCCAAGCAUUUGUGUGCUGUGCUCUCACCCACUGCUUGCCAAGGUUGUGAAGUCAUUUUGCUUUUGCUCUGUUUGCUCUGUGGAAGGUUUGUUUUCACCUUAUGCCAAUGGAAGGGAUGGUGGAUGGAGGUCUUGGGAUGUUGGGUGGGUUUUGGGGGGUUUGUAACAUCACUGGUUUCAGUGGUAUGGCUGCUUGCCUUCUGUUUUCCCAGCUGGAGCUUCUGGGAAUCAGUUAUUUUUAAAGAACACUUAACAGGCAUCACUGGAAUUCAAAUAUUUGGUGUUUGCUGAGGAGAAGAAUGUUUUGUCUAAAGCUUCUUCCCAUAGACAGUGAGGUUUUUUGACACUAAUCAGCUGUAUGGCAGGAGGCUGACCUCAGGCAUGGAUUGCAUCAGAAGCUGGAUUAGCAGAGAAGUGAGUAAACAAAAUCUCACCCAAAACUCCUCCACCACAAUUUACAAUUCAUUUCAAGCACAAAUGAGAGAGAAUUUUUAACUUGUGAGAAGUGUUCUAGUAAUCUAUUAGCAUGGGUGGACCUACCUUUUCUGAUGUUCCUGGUGCCCAGGCCCUGGAAAAUAAAUUGUUAAUCAAAAUGAUGUCCUGAGCAAAAUAACCAGUGAGAUGUCACUCCCACAGAACCAAGACAAUAUCAAACGUUCAGGCAAUUUAAGAUUAAUUAAAGCUUUUAGAUGUCCAAGCUGUUACAUCAACUUUACUCCUAGGAAUGACUUCUGAGGAAAA